GCUACAGUGUGCGCACUUACCUUAGAAAUUUGAAUUCGGUAUGAUACCCUGCAUGUGCAUACGAUAUGUGACAAUUUUAUUGAAUGCAUGUUCCGAGGAUAGAGUGGCUUCUCAACCCUAAGUAGUAAUGGUGACACCUCAGCACUAGAAGAACCAUAAAAUGACGAUGUGAGUGGCUCCGUCCUUUUGCAGCACUCGUCUCCGUCGAUUCCAAGAAUACCUCUGGAGCAAAUUACGAUUCCUUCUAGGCAUCAAAGCAGAAACACCCUACUCUUCAGUCGUCGCGUGAAAAACGUCUACGGCGACGCCCUAUUGAUUGUCAGUCUUCAUUGUGCUACGUCCUGCACCCCGCCACGGGCUUCACUCAAGAGGAGACUUCUUGUGAAUAAAGACGAACUUCUUCGUAAUUUUUCGCGUUCCAGCUCACCGCUCCACCCUCGCCCAAGAUGGAGAAGAAGUCGCUUUCGUCGUGUUCCAUGGUGAACCAGGACAAGCAGAAAGAGUUCGAGCAAGAGUUACUCCGUUUUCGCAAGUCCGCGGACCAAUGUUGGGACAAUCGGAAUCAGGUGCUUCCCCGGAUCAUGGAAAACUUCGAGGCCUACAAAGACAAAUACAGAAUCACCAUUCUCGCACCGAUUCAGCUGCCGCCGGAGUAAAGAAAUUUUAAAUUUUGAUGUUUUUAGCUACCAGGAUCUGCAUGUCGCUGCAUGUGUAUCGAUGUUGAUGUUCCUUCGAAACAGGUAUCCUGAUGAUCCAUUUAAGUAUUUUCUUCCACAGUCUGUUUUUCGAACUAUUCAUUUCAGUUACUACCAUGGUUUCGUAGAACGGAACCCGAUCACGGGGGCGUUGGUCCUGGCCGGGGUAGAGAAGCAGUUUGACUUUUGGUUUGUGGACCUUUUCGACCGAGAGUACGUCUGCGAUAAUCCGGAAAACCUGGAGAAGGACCCCUUUCUGUUCAAGGCGACGGUGUUGCCCAUGCGAACCUGGAUUAUGCAACAGCUCGUGCUGCAACUCGAGGCUGCGCGGCAAGGUAAGUUGUGCGGAGGUUGACGACUUUAUCACUUAUUUGUUGAGCAACUACAUAUCCAUAUGCAUCCUGCUGCAAAAGAACCUGUAAAAAGUCGAGGGUCAGUGCAAGUAAACCACUUCGAAAUCAAAUGUUUUGCAGUCCUCGAUCAUAGAAAUAUCGCAUUCCAGGUUACAGCUCCGUCCUAGCGGUGACCUUCAACGACGACAAAGUGGUGCACUCCACCGUGCGCGACGACUGCGCUGCCAUUGCGUUGGCCCAGGCGGUUCAGCUGGGACACGUGUACAAUUCGCCAUUUCAGGCUUUGAUGUACAUCACCUUUGUCUGCGCAUUCUCGAAGAGCUUGGGGUUGAUCAUCUACACGUGUUUCAUGUCCUGCUUUUCGCUCUGGGUGGCGCAAGCUUUCUCCGUCCCGGUGCUGUUCCGGUUUACCCGAGUUGUGGACCUGCUGCUGCGAUCAAUGUACUUCUUUACGUGCUGGCACGUAUUAUUUUCAGACAUCAAUACUAUGUCGAAUUCGAAGUUUAGUUUUCAAUUCAUUGACGCAGAUGAAGACGGCGUUGUUUGCAAACUUUCGGUUGCAUGUUCAAGAAAUGAUCAACAUAUUAGAAUGAACUCAAGUAAACACACCACGACAGAUACCUGAUUCUGCUUUUCACCUCCGUAGCGGAGGUCGGUCUGUCAAGUUUGGGCGACGCGUUGGGUAUUCUCGCGAUUUUGACCGUGUUCUGUAUGAUGAUUUUCGACAUGUUAUUAAGAAGAAAAAUCCACCUUCCCCAUAUCGAAAAGGUAUGUUUGCAAAAAUUUGUGUUGCGGAUUUGAGGUCACAAAUCACAUCUGUCUUGCAAGAAGGCAAACCCAAAGAAUCCGCCGCCUUAGGGAGGCGAUUUGUAAUGCUGUUUCGCCUACAUGGCAGGCCUCUCGUAUGCCAAGAGCCUACAACAAAACACCCCUACGCAGGCUGAGGCUUUGCCUGUAGUGCCUCGCUGCAAGACAGGGCUGAUUUGUGUACACAAAUCAAGCAACAGAAGUUUCCGUUUCAAUAUGGGGAGGGGGGAUUUUUCAUUUUGAUACAUGUUGCGAGGCGACCUCGGAACCUUCAUGACCUACUCCACCGAGACCAAGUACGACAUCUUGAAGCAACUCGGUGACCGGGCGUGGAUUUGCCAGCUGGUGCCGGCAAGACAGAAGCGGGAUCAGGGCAAACCGGGACAGCCGGGCGGCGCAGGGUCCCGGUACAUGGCCGGGCAAAGCAGCAUGAUGAGCAAAACCAUGAGUGCCGGUAUGAACUUUCUCGGAGGCGACUCGCUCGAACGACCCCUGCCGAACCUGAUCACCGGGGAGCUGCCGUUUGGAGUGGCGGAGGAACAGGUACGGCGAUUUGAAUAAAGUCGAAGCGCAAAAAUGACAAAGACAGUGGCCAUUGGUUGGUUUAGCUUGAGGGAACUUGAAAAACCUGGUUUACGAAAAUGGCCUCAAUAGCCAAGUGUUGCGCGUCUAUGUUACAAAACAUCUUUCUAACAGGCACUUCUCAUCGUGGACGUGAACGGCAUGUUGUGCCAGUUGACGCCACUAGACGCCCGGACGGUAGACUAUGUCGAGAACGUGCGUCGUUCGAUCGAGGGCCGGCCGGAAAAGCACAGUGACAUUUCCACCUACAAGCGCACGUACCGACGAAACCCCGCGGCAAUGAUGGUCAGUGAUCAGCCCCCGAUCGAAAAUUUAAACGCCGAGGAGGCAAUCGCGCGACACAUGCAGAUGAAACGAGGUACAGGAAUUCUUACGCGUACACGAUAGAUGUCGUCAAAUUGAUAGAAGCAAAGGCUUCCGCACGGAAUGUGCUCAGAAACAAAGUGAUGAAUUAAUUGGGGCAUUGCCAUUGGUUGAUCUCCAUUUCGAUGAUAUUGCAAAAAAAAAAAUUGGUCCUACUUCUGGUUUCUACAAUACAGUCGAUGGACCAGGUGAUACCCAAGCGUUAGGGGAGGGCCAACACAAAGCGAGCGCCCCAGAUUCCAGCAACGCCACAAGCAGUCCGGAUAGCAGUCCAUCCGGCAGUUCCAAGAACGCAACGGAGGAAGUUGACCUAGAAUUUUUAGCAAACCACUCCAGCAACGCAACAUCUUCUAGCUCUAGCGCGAUAGAGAUGGCAGAUCGAACGAAACUGCCCAGUUUUGUGCAAGCAGCAGCUACCGCAUCAUCAUCAAGUGCAAUAUCAAAGUGAAAAAAGCCCCCACCCCAUAUCGGAAACGAAAGAUGCGCGAAUUUGUGAUGCUGUAUUUGAGUACACAAAUCUACUUGUAUUGCUAGAAGGCCACGAGACGAAGCUGCGGCCUAAAUUGCAGGUAAUCUGUCAUGCUGUUUCCCACUUCCAGUUGCCUCCUGUCAUCCUGGAGCUGCAAGGCUUUCCCUACUAGACAGCACUACAGUCCGCAUCUUUUGCCUCCUAGCAUCACAAAGCUGAUUUGUGACCACAAAUCUGCAUCACAGAUUUCCGCUUUGAUAUGGGGAGGGGGCAUUUUUCAUUGUAAUAUGCAAAGCAAAACGAAACCACCGGCGGGUCAUCCUCAUCAUCUUACGUCGUGGCAGCAGCCGGGGAGGAGGAUGUAGAGAGCGAAGAGUCCGAGGCUAGCAGCGAGGAAGAUGACCUGGACGAGGACGAAUUGAACGGAGUUUUGUUAGAGGGUGAGCACGAAGCCGCAGCGCCGGCCGGUGGCGGUGCCAAGUCGAAAUGUACGUGUUAUUGAAUCAAUUGUUGCCUUGUGGUGCAAGUAAAUUUAUGUUGUUCAACUUCGAGUUCGACAGGAUGACGUAGACGUUCACAGCGAUCCACUCGCUGACUUGUUCGUUGUGAUGUUGAAUGUUGUCAAUGGCAUGCGAAGCUGAAACAUCAUGACAUCAAUUUCAAUAUCUUCAUUGUCUUCAUAUCUUCUCAACAGCAGCGAAGCCAAAGGCGAAGGCUAAAGCUCGUGAGCCCGCAGUUUCUAAGCGAAAGAAGAAGGGUGUGUACGGCGAUGGUACUCUGCCAGACGUGGUGCUGUGUGGGCUCGUACAGGAGAUUUUGGCUGAAGAGGACGCAGCCCCGGUUUCCAACUCCCUCAAGAGCAUGGAUGACGGCAGCAACAUGUGGAGGGUGGCGGCGAAAAGUACUGCUUUUUUUUGCUUGCCUUAUAUCAAAAAGGCACUCCUCUUCUCUUCGUGAUGAUGUGUACGAAUGAAAGUGGUGCGUCUUUUUAUCAACCGCAUCUAGCCUUUCCCGAAAAAUUGAACACAGAGCGGAAAGUGAGCUUGGCGCCGCCCUAUGAGCCGAUGAUGGUAUCCAUCGUGAACAUGCCCAUCUACAACCGCAAUUACCCGAGUCAAGUCCACAAGGAGACGCUGUUCCGCUUGCAAGCCAAGUCCAGGAAGACCGAGCCACCGCCCGAGUGAAUUCUUGGCGGGAAAGCCGAGCCUGGGUAGAUUUCUCAAGUUGAAGAAUCCAUCUUGAAAAUGCAAAACCAAAUUGUGACAACAAAAUGCGAAAAAAUAGAGAAUCAGAAAAGUAAAGUAAACCGAUAUUAAUGAAUGAUUAUACGAUGGAUUUCGUCCAAAGACUUGUUUCAUGAUUUGUCAGGUGACACCAGCUUGCGAAUUUGAAAAUUUUGACUUACCUCACCUUGCAGAAGUUACACUUAUCCUUAUGAAAGUCUCACUGCAGAAAUGAAAAAGAACUCGGCUCUUUCAACAACGAAUCAGACUGAGAACAGGUGGAGGAGAAGGUUUCUCAGUUUGAUACCAAGUAUAAAGCCGUACCAGCAGAAUGUCAGGUAGGAUAGCUUUUGUCCUUCCCCACCUUCGAAGAAGCGCAUUUGAAUUUAAUAAAUUUGCAGUGAUGGAGCUCUAUGGUUUCUUCUGCGGACUUUUUUCGAUGCUGGGGAUUACAGCAACAGCUCAAAGUUUUAAUUUUACGAACCACUCACUAUGUAUAAUAUCCUUCUUCCCAAUGGAGCAGCGAAUUUUUUCGCAAGUUUCAAAUUCGUUGACUUGUACCGAAGAAUGAAAUCAAAGAGAACUGAGAUGGCGUUACUGUACUGUAAAAUUGAUAUAUUUUUCCUGAUGGCGUCGCUCCCUGAAAAACGGCUUCCUGCUGUUACGUUAACGGGGCUGGCGCUAUAGUGCACUGGCAGAGUUCCUCCUGAUG